CACUGCGCCGUGUAUUCGCGCAUGAAAUGCCAAUACACUUUAGUAAAAAGAGACAACAUUACAUUUUUGCUGCAUGAAACAGAAGAUAAAAUGAUAAAACUCGUUGCAUCUAUAGAAUUUCUGUCGAAGAAUUCAUGACAUUUAUAUUUUAUUUAGUCCAAUAAUCCUGCCCUUCAAUGACAAUAUUAAAUAAUAGUGUUUUUGUAAGGUUUCUUAAGUGUUUUCUAAUAUGUUUUCCUCUAAAUGUAUAUACUACAUUGUUCAUAGUUCAUCAGAGUGUACAUCAAAUUAUUUAACUAAAAAAAAAAAAACUAUCGCUAUUGCAAUAAGAGAUAACGGCGUAUGAAUAUACUUAUUACAGUGGAGGUAAUGGAAUUUCUCAAAUUCUUUCUCGUCCUGAAUCUCGAGUUCGUCUAGAAUUCAAGCCUAUCCCAACUGAAAAAAGGAUAAUCUCGAAAUGUGAUGAAGAUAAAAAAAAUGGCAAACGAACAAGAAGCAGAAAUCAUAAAUAAAUAUGAAGAAACAACUAAUUUUAAUACAUUAAACGAUGAUUGUCUAAUACUAAUUUUCCAGCAUCUUCCAAUUAUAGAUAAAAUAAAAAUUGAAAGAGUUUGUAAACGUUGGAAAAAAUUAAGUAAAAAAUCAUGGUACACAUUCAAAAUACUCGAUCUUUCACCAUUCACAUGGGGUUGGUCGCUUGAUAGUGAUAAAAAAUUUAUUAGCAACGAAAUAAUGCAAGACGUAUUAAAACGAUGCGGUCAAUAUUUAACAGACAUUGAUUUAAGUAGAAAAAGUUUACGUCUAACUUUAUAUUAUGUCUCAAUAAAAGAUGUUUGUAAAAAAUGUCAAAAAUUGGAGACAUUAAAUAUAUCUGAUUUAUCGACAAAUCGACAAAAAUUUUCAUCAUCAUUUUCUGAUGCAAGAAAUUUAAUUACAUCACUUUUAUUACUAAAUUGUGAAAAUUUAGUGAGACUUGGUUUUGAGCCAUGGGUUAGUAAAUUUGAUGAACAGGCCUUAAUAAAACUUUUUGAUCGUACGAAAAAAUUAAAAGUCCUAAGACUUGGAUCAUUUGGUAGAUCAUUAUACAUGACUGGUGCGUGUUUUUUACAUUUGCCCAGUGAUACAAUUGAGGAAAUUGUCCUCGUUCAUUGCCGUUCAAUUUUGACUAGUUUUUUUCGUAAAGCUUUUGAUAAAUUUACAAAUUUACAUACUCUUGUUCUAUUUCAAUGUUUUAUUCUCACCGAUGAAGCAAUGGGAUCAUUUCCAUCUAAUUUAAUAACAUUAAAAUCAUUAGCAAUAAGUGGAAAUUCUUCAAUAACAGAAAAUGGAUUGAAUGCUAUAUGUAAAUUGGAAAAUCUUGAACAAUUCUAUUUUGAUGGUAUUGCACUAACUACAAAUAUUCUCCGUGAAAUUUGUAAUAAUUGUAAUCUCACAUUUUUGAGUCUUUCAGGUUGUGAAUGUUUACAUAAUAAUAGUGAAUUAAGAAAUUGUUUAGAAUUAUUAUCAAAUCUUCAACAUUUGGCCUUAUCAUGUACACGUUUGACUGAUCUUAAUUUAAGAAAGAUAAAUACAUUAAAAUAUUUGGAAAUAAGUACAUGUCCUGUUUUAGAAAAUAAUGGCUUAUGUGAAUUAAUAGAAAAUAAUUUAAAUCUUGAAUUUUUAUUACUUGAAAGAUGUUCACUUGUUAAUAAUGAUUUAUUGAAUGCUGCGGAAAGUGCUACAAAAAAACGUAAAAACAAUGUGACAUUAUAUUUAAGUACCUUUAACACUGGUAUUGUAGUAAAUAAUUUUGAAAAUACCUCAUCUUUAUUAAAAAUUUUCAAAAGCGUUAAACGCGUCAAAGGUACAAAUAGUUUUACAGAUUAUUUUUUUCCCGAUCGCAGGAAUUUUGAAUUUAUAGAAUUUUAAAUUCUUAAUUUCCAAUGUUUGUAUUAUUAACUUAAUAAUUUAUAGUUGAAUAAAAUUCAUUUUUUUUACAAUUGUAAUAUAAAUUUUUUACAAUGUGUUAUCAAUAACAUAAUUAUUUUCCAUUUUCAUAAAAAAAAAAUCCUUCAUUUGAAUUAUCAUUAUGCUCGAGCUGUUUGAUUAUUCAUUCAAAAGAAGAAUUUCAACUUUCAGCAAAAGUAAUAAAAAAAAAAGAAAAUAAUAAUAAAAGUAAAAUUUCAUAAAAGUUUCUCAAUCUAGGCAAAGAAAAGUAAUUAAACUUUUGGUGGAGGAUUGAGUUUUUCAGCGACAACGGAUUCUCGUUUGAUGCGAAACUUUGAGAAAUACAAAUCGAUUGUUAUAACAUGAUAUCUAUAUAUAAAAAGAAUAAAAUUUCAUUUAUAAUUUCUAAAUAUGUUCAAUUGUAAUGUAAAUAUAAUGCCACAACUAUUUUUUUCAAAAAUUGGACUAGAAAAUGAUAUUUAGUUUUAAAUUACUAGUUUAGUGUACCACUGUCGGUAAAUUAGGUAUGAACUGUAUUUUCGAAACAGUCGAUGAUAUUUUUUACGGCUUAAAAUUAAUUUAUACUUGUUGAUUUUGUUUAACGUUGAGAAGAUCAAAUUGUAUUGCAAAACAAAAAUGAAUAAAUUAGAAUUCCAUUUGUUAAUUAUGCCCGAAUAAAUAGUAAUUAUUUCUGUGUGAAGCGAGGCGAAAAAACAAAUCAAGUGCAUGACUAUGUCAAAUUAUAUAUAUAUAUAUAUACAAAUAGAUGUCGCAUGAAUACCCAUCUGUCUAUCGAUAUAUAUACAUAUAUAUAAAAUAUAAUCUCAUAGCUAUAAUAAUUAUGGUUCGACGGACAUUUUUCAGUCACACCUUCGUUCGCUCACCCGACCAUUCGACCGGAAAUCGAAUGAAUCUCCUCCUCUUCCCACACACCUUCCUUCGAUUUUGUUCGCAAUUCCAUUGCAUAACGAUAGUCAAUUCAAUUUUAAUCGUACCAAAACUCGACGGAACAGUUAAUUCCACUUGAAUGACGGCUUGGCUUCGCGGGGGGGAGCAUUUAUAUGAUUCGUUCAAGCGCAACGAAUCGUAAAGGUUUUUCAAAUAUAUGUAUAGAGUAUUUUUUGUCAGUUUUAUGUUUGUAAUAAAGCCCCUCAACAUUAUCCCAUA